AUGGUCAAACCAAAACCUCUAUUUAUGCUAUUUUUUCUUGUCCUUGUCGUUUUGGCCAUUCUGAAGUAUCUACGAACAAGAAAAUUUUUACCAGUGGCAACACCAACUGAUUCAACAAUGUGUCUCGAUUCAUUUGAUGCCAAUGGAUUGUACAAAUCAGUUUUUCACAUGUCAAUGGUACAGUUCAUGGUUCCAAAAACGUUAAGCCAUUGGGUGGAAAACAAAUCAGGCUUUGAAAUCGGUGCACCAUCGGUGUCCACUUGGGGACAUUUGGGUUUAUAUGAUGCUGCAGCGAAAGUCGAUGCGACAAAUUUCGCCGCACAAACUCUAUGGGAAUCGGGUAUUAAAGAAGGCGGACCAUUUCUUUGGAAGAAUAGAACUCUGGGAAAGCAUUUCAUACGUGAUGCAGUCGACUUGCACGGCAUACCUGAUGAAUCGUACGAUUUUGUAUGUGGAACUGAUAUUUUAGAACAUGUCGCGAAUCCAUUCAAAGCAUUACUUGAGUGGUUGAGAAUAAUGAAGCCAAAUGGUUUACUGAUUGUUAUUGUACCUUAUCAAAAUGUUACAUUCGACCAUAAGCGUAAUGUGGCUAAAAUUGAACACUUGAUUGAUGAUUAUCAGAAGAAGGUCACAGAGAAAGAUCUGACACAUCUAGAUGAGAUUCUUCGUUUGCAUGAUCUUGGAAGAGAUGCAGCAGCUGGUGGUUUCGACGCUUUCAAAGCACGAUCGGAGAAAAAUUUCGAAAUCCGCGGAUUGCAUCAACAUGUCUAUGAUCAAAGAUUACUCUACUACAUUUAUCGUUGUUUAAACGUCGAAGUUAAAUCUCAAUAUAUUUGGGAUUAUCACCAAUUAAUAAUCGGUCAAAAACGAUAA